AUGGCGCUGCCGAAGAGCAUGCGCAUCCUGGCGGGCGCUACAAUCUGCGUCUUCAUCUUCCUGUUCGUAAAGAUCUUGAACGCGCCGUCUGCCGGUGAGCUGCAGGUACCAACCAAAGUUCCGCUGGCCAAAGAUGGGCAAUGGGACCACGACCCACAAUUAGAUCCAUCCGGAGAGCCUCCGGAGCCCCUGCGACGAGUUGACGGAACGAAUUAUGCGCCAGACAACACGAACAGCGCACGCAUCAAUGCCACCAUCCUGAGUCUGGUACGCAAUGAAGAGCUCGAGGAUAUGCUUCAGAGCAUGCAUGAUCUUGAGAGAACAUGGAACCACAAAUUCAAUUACCCAUGGACCUUCUUCAACGACAAGCCGUUCACCGAGGAGUUCAAGAAGAAGACACGUGCAGCGACGAAGGCGGAGGUGCGAUACGAAUUAGUCCCAGCUGAGCAUUGGGAUGUCCCAUCGUGGAUCAACGAAGAUCUCUACCAAGAAUCCGUCUCCCUGCUCAAGGCACAGCAAGUACAAUACAUGGAGAAGAGGUCAUAUCACCAGAUGUGCAGAUGGAAUAGCGGCAUGUUCAGCGAGCACCCAGCACUGAAAGACGUGCAGUACUACUGGCGAGUCGAGCCAAACGUCCAUUUCUUCUGCGAUGUGGACUACGAUGUCUUUGCAUGGAUGCAGGACCACAACAAGACUUACGGGUUCAACAUCAACAUCUACGAUAGCCCUGAUAGUGUCGCAACACUAUGGCCAGAGACGAAGAAGUUCCUCGACGACCAUCCCGACUACGUACACCCAAACAACGCGCGCGAAUGGCUGGAAGAUGGAAAUAGGAGGCCGGACAACAAUAGGAAGGCGAACGGCUACUCGACAUGCCAUUUCUGGUCAAACUUCGAAAUCGGUGAUCUAAGCUUCUGGCGCAGCAAGAAGUACCGAGACUACUUCAACCACCUCGACCGCGCCGGCGGCUUCUUCUACGAGCGCUGGGGCGAUGCCCCUGUGCACAGCGUUGCACUCGGACUUUUCGAGGACAAGAGCAAGAUUCAUUGGUUCCGCGACAUCGGCUACCAGCACAUCCCCUUCUUCAACUGCCCCAACAGCGCGAAGUGCAAGGGCUGUGUCACAGGUCGGUUUACCGAUGGCGAGAAAUUCCUAAACCGAGAGGACUGCAGGCCGCUGUGGUUCAAGUACGUCGGCAUGGACUAA